AUGGCCUCGACGUAUGAUCUUGUGAAUUAUGACUCCGAUGAGGAGAGGGAGAAGUACCCCGAUAUCCCCCCCUCCAAUCUCGCAUCCGCUGCUUUUUUCAUGGCUGGCUUGUUGGAUCGAGCCGGAAUCCCUUAUGGACUGAUGGGUGGGCUUGCAGUCGCAUACAUGGGCAGCACACGAGCCACUCGAGACGUUGACAUGGCCUUUCAAGCACCUGGAAAAAUGCGGGAAAUGUGGAGACUUGUGGAGGCUGAGCCCCGUCUGAUCAUUCCGAACACCAGAUUGCUCAGCAAUAUAAUGAAGGUAUUUGUCCGCACCGGCCCAGGUUAUGACAACUGCCAGCAGGCCAUACCCAUUGAGGUUGACCUCAUAGAAAGUGGUACGUCUGUGACUAUCCAACACAUGCUGAUCCUUCCUGUUAUACAUCUCAUUUUCAGUAUGCGCCGACCUGACAAGCUGUAA